GGUAGUUUGAAAUUUUCACAUCAGUGCUCAUUUCUGUGCCGAACGGUGGUCAUGAGUCAUUUCGUCUAUAAUGCUUCUUAAACGUUGUGUUGUGAAGUUUUGAACUGUUUUUUGUUGAUGUUAAUUUAUUUUUAUUUAUAAAAGAUUGUUAAGAGAUUUUUUUUGGCAUAAAUCAUGUUCAAAUUCAUUAAAGGAAAGACACCACAUCAAAGCAACACUGAAAGGCAAAAGUUGCAGAAGGAACUUUUUUCUUAUAGUAGGACCGCUCAACAUGGAUUCCCACACAAACCCACCGCCAUGGCUUGGGACCCGUCCCUCAGACUCCUGGCCCUCGGUACAGCCACCGGGGCCAUAAAGGUCUUCGGUCAGCCGGGCGUGGAGUUCUAUGGACAACACCAGAACCCUACCGCGGUCACAAGGCUGAUCUUCCUACCAGCUCAAGGCAGGGUCGUGUCGCUAUGCGACAACAACUCCCUGCACCUGUGGGAGAUCAACAACGCCCUCACGGAGGUCAAGUUUCAGUCGUUGGAGGGCAAACUGAAGAAGAUAUCCACCAUGUGCGUGGAGUCGAGCAAGAAGCACCUUCUGCUAGGCACAGAAGGUGGUAAUAUCUAUCUGCUAGAUUUGGCUACGUUCACAAUGACGCCCGAUAUAAUUUAUCAGGAUGUUGUCAUGCAAAACGUUCCAGAGGAUUACAAGUUAAAUCCCGGAGCUGUUGAAUGCAUCGAAGAGCAACCUGGUAAACCGGACAACAUACUCAUCGGUUAUAACAGGGGACUGAUGAUACUUUGGGACAAAUCUAAAAACACUGCCAUUAAGUCGUUCAUUGUCAGCCAACAGCUGGAGUCUGUUUGUUGGAGUGAUGAUGGUGAAACUUUUUACAGCUCCCACAACGAUGGAAGUCACAUGAAAUGGAACAUUGAGGAAACGGUCAAACCUGAACCAAACACACCUUAUGGGCCUUUUCCGUGCAGAAGUGCUCCUAAAAUAUUGGUAAAAGAACAAAAUGAUACACCUCUGGUCGUUUUUUCUGGCGGUCUACCUAGAGCGACUUACAGCGAUAAAUAUACAGUGACUGUUAUACACGGUGACGACCAUCAUGUGUGUUUUGACUUCACCAGCAAGGUGAUAGAUUUUAUAAUAAUUGACUCCAAGCCUCAAAAAGCUGAAGGAAGUAACGAGAACUUAGUAAACGGUGAGACUAGUAGUGUUAAAGGGGAACCGGAAGCCUUGAUAGUUCUUGCCGAAGAGGAAUUGGUGGCCAUAGACCUGGAAUGUAAGGAAUGGAAAAUGAUGAGUCUACCUUACCUGGUUACUUUACACGCCUCCGCCAUCACCUGCAGUCAAUACGUCUCUGGCGUUCCCGAAGAACUGUGGAACCUCCUGAAGGACGCGGGCAGGGCGCAAACCAGCCACCUGUACUCGAACAAACCCUGGCCCAUAGACGGUGGCGACCUCCUCCACCCGAAGGAAAACGACAGGCCCAGGCGCGAGCUCCUGCUCACCGGUCACGAGGACGGCACCGUGCGUUUCUGGAACGCGGGGGGCGUCACCCUCACGCCCAUCUACAAAUUCAGCUCCUCCCAGUUCUUCGUCGGCGACGUGUUCGACGAGGUCUCGCCGGACGCCGAGGACAUGGAGGAGGAAUGGCCGCCCUUCAGGAAGACCGGCAUCUUCGACCCUUAUUCCGACGACCCGAGACUAGCGGUGAAGAAGAUCGAUAUGUGCCCCCUGAGCGGUACCCUGGUGGUUGCCGGUACUGCGGGGCAGGUCCUGAUCUCCAAGUUCGACACGGAGGUGUUGGAGGGUUCAGUCAAGGCCGUCACCAUGAAUAUAGUGAGCGAUAGGGAUGGGUUCGUCUGGAAGGGCCACAGUCAGUUGACCGCCAAGACGGAGGAAGUCAGACAGAGCAGGGGUUUUCAGUGCACGUCUUUGCUGCAGCUCCAUCCACCUGCGGCGGUCACUUGUUGCGUGCUCCAGGCCGAUUGGGGCCUGGUGGCCGCCGGUACCGCCCACGGGGUGGCGCUGUUCGACUACGUCAGGAGGGAGGCGGUCAUGGUGAAGUGCACGCUGAAUCCGAACGAUCUCACGGGGGCCGGAGACGCGCCCAUAUCGCGACGGAAGUCGUUCAAGAAAUCCCUGAGGGAGUCCUUCAGACGUUUGAGGAAGGGUAGAUCGCAGAGGAGGAGUAACAACCCCCAGGGUAACACCGCGGCUUCGCCGACGUCUCCGCCGGCUCGUAAACUGCCGCCGAGCGAGGAUUUCGUGGAGACGAAACCCGUGGAGAGACAGAUCGAGGCGAGACCAGCCGACGAACCUAUGGGUUCGUUCGUUAGGUGUCUAUACUUCGCUAGGACGUUCCUGAUAAACUCCCAAAACACCAACCCCACACUAUGGGCAGGUACACACAACGGCACAGUUUACGCAUUCACAAUAGCCGUGCCGAACAGCGGACUAAGGGACUCGCAGGCUGUCAUAUGUCAGCUGGCGAAAGAGAUCCAGCUAAAACAUAGAGCGCCGGUGAUAGCAGUCGCCGUCCUGGACGGAUCCAACAAACCCCUACCCGAACCCCUGGAGGUCGAGAAGGGGGUGUCGCCGCUCCCAGAUACCACUCAGGCACACAGGGUUAUCAUAGCGUCCGAGGAACAGUUCAAGAUCUUCACCCUGCCUAAUUUGAAGCCCUACUGUAAAUACAAGCUCACCGCCCACGAGGGCGCGAGGAUCAGGAGGAUGAACUUCGCCACCUUCCACGGUAACCAUCCGGAGUACAAGGAUUACUCCGAGAUCGACCUGUUGUGUUUGACGAACAUCGGGGAGUGCCUCAUACUGACCAUACCGGACCUGAAGAGGCAGCUGACGGCUGCCACCAUAAGGAGGGAAGACAUCAACGGCAUAUCCUCCCUGAUCUUCACGAAGAACGCGGAGGCCCUAUUCUUUCAUUCGUCCUCCGAACUGCAGAGGUUGUCGCUGUCGACGACGUUCUCCACGCACGCCCGAUGCUUCCUGAAGAUCCCAAAGGGGGCGCGAGACGAGGCAGCUACCGACCGAGCAGCGACAACCGAGAACGAGGAACCGCAGACGGCCGCCGAAAAUUUGGACCUGGAAGAGGCCGUCGUGGUCAACGGCAACGCGGAGACGAAAAACAAUAGCAUAACCGAUAAUAAGACUGAUGAAGUGAAAGAAAACGGCGACGAAACGCCGCAUAACAUGACAGUAUCGAGCAGCAUAGGUGAUAUUACGAUAGACAGUGUAAGGGACCAUCUGGGCCUCGGAUCGAUAGACGAUGUAAAUAGACAUUUGGCCAGCAUGUCGAUAACCAAAACCAUAACAACAGUGAUCACUAACAAUCAGGAAGGCUUGACAAGUUCCACCACGACGACGACGACUACCACCUCGGCGGCGAACAACGAAGAAAACUAAGUAAAAACAUAUGACAGCUUCGAGGAGAUGGAACAAAGUGCGACAUCCAUGAAGCACACUUUAUAUCGAAACAAUAUGCCAUAUCUUUCAUCAAUUACUUUUGGUAUUUCACGCAAAAAUGGUACAAUUUUCUACUUAAUUCGAUCGUCGGACUAUAACUUACAUUGAUCUUCAUUCCAUUUAGUACAAAUUCAAAAUUUUAUAAUUUUGUAUGAAGUACCAAGUUUAGACUAGUAACUCGAUUAGGGUACAUAAUUCAGAAAUAUACCGAUUUCGUGAGUUUCAAUUUUUUAAGCAAUAUGCAGUAUUGUAAUAUAAAUGGAGGAAAUUGUGAUAGGAUUUCGAAAUUCUUGAGAAUUUUUUGUCAGCAGUAUUUUUUUUCUACAGUUCAAUUAGUUACAAUAUUGAGUUUCUUCAGAUUGGAGUGGUACUGCGGAUGUAUUUGUUAUUUUUAAGCUAGAGUACAAACUCCGAUAGAAAUUCCCCGAACUUUGUUUUGAUAUAAUUUUUUUUUCGUACUGUGUUCUGAUCAAGAAUUUUACAGUUGGUGGAGGUACUGUGUGUGAAUGAUGAGUGGUUAAUUGAUGAUUCAAAAUUCGGAAACGUUUGAAAUGUACUGUUUUUUUCCGAAAAUUGUCUAAUGCCUUAACAUUUUGUUAGUAUUUUAUAUUGAUAUUUUAUCCAGUUUUAUUAUAAAUUUAUAUUUAUAAAUGAUUUAUGCGAGAGAAGCAUCACUAAAUGAAUAAAAGAUUUUAUUAAA